UAUGGUGGCUCAUGUCUCUUUCAUAAUAGGAGGAAAGGAGGUAUAGUUCUUGUAUUUUUACGUAAAAACAAAUAAAAACUAAAUCAUUUAAAGUCAUACAUCAAAACUUAUUAUUUGUACUAUAAGAAGUUACCCAUGUGUUCAUAAUAUUUAUAUUGUAAACGAUAACUAAAUUUUUUAACAAUGCCAAUUCCAAAAAAUAUUCUUACUUACCAAGGUUGUAAUAACUUAAAGUAUCGUUUAUUAUUAUCUACAUUAUCUGGGAAACCUUUGAAAGUUAUUGAUAUAAGGUUAAAUCAUGAUGAUCCUGGUUUAAGAGAAUACGAAGUAAGUUUAAUUCGAUUAUUAGAUCGGAUGACCAAUGGAUCCCGAGUUGAAUUAAAUGAAACGGGAACUAGUCUUAUUUAUUCACCAGGAUUGUUAGUAGGUGGAGAAAUAGAACAUGACUGUAAUCCACAAAGAGGAAUUGGAUACUAUCUUGAAGCAGUUAUGAUGCUUGCACCUUUCUGUAAAAUACCUGUUGAUAUUAAACUAAAAGGUGUUACAAAUAAUAAUCUUGAUCCAUCUGUCGAUACAAUAAAAGCAGCAGGUAUACCCGUUCUUAAAAGAUUUAUCAUUGGGGAUUGUGAUGUAGCGCUUACUAUACAUAAAAGAGGAGCUGCACCUCUAGGUGGUGGUGAAAUAAAUUUUAAAUGUCCUGUUAAUCGUAAUGUCAAAAGUAUUCAAUUACAAAAUAGUGGAAUGGUUAAAAGAGUAAGAGGAGUUUCGUGUAGUUUAAGGGUUUCACCAGCUAUAGCUAAUCGUUUAGUAGAAUCAUCAAAAGGAGUAUUGUUAAAAUUUUUGCCUGAUGUGUAUAUUCAUACAGAUCAUUGUCGUAAAGGAAAUUCUGGAAAAUCUCCAGGUUUCGGAAUCAGUCUUGUAGCAGAAACAACGACUGGAGUAUUUUUUAGUAGUGAAGCAUUUACUUCAGAAAUGAAAUCUGGAUCAUCGUUACCAUUUAAUCCCGAAGAUCUCGGUCAACAAGCUGCAAUGAUGCUUCUAGAUGAGAUACACAGAAAUGGCUGUAUUGAUUCUGCUUUUCAAAGCAUGACUGCAUUAUUUAUGGCUCUAGGGAAAAAAGAUGUUUCCAAAGUUCUUGUUGGUCCUUUAACACAAGCAACAAUUCAAUUCUUGCGAGAUUUGAAAGAUUUCUUCGGAAUCGUUUUCAAAUUAGAAGCAGCAAAAGAUGAGAAUGAUGAAGUAAUAUUGGAUCAAGUUCUUAUGACUUGUAUAGGUAUAGGAUAUAGUAAUAUAAGCAAAAAAGUGUUGUAAUAUUUAAUGUACAUAAAUUUAUUAUUAAAAUAAUUUUUUACAUUUUAA